GAAUCUUUUCGCUGUGAUUCGUGAGUCGUGUUGCCACAGACAACCAGCUAACGACACAGCGCAUGCGCGGACAGAACACGCAUCAACUACGCACCCAGGGAAACAUAACGCAACAAACAAACGCCUCUUUUUGAGGAUUCUGGGGAAUGGCGGUGAAUGUGUACUCCACAUCUAUGACCAUAGAGAACCUGAGCAGACAUGACAUGCUCGCUUGGGUCAACGAUUCUCUGCAACUAAGCUACACUAAAAUAGAGCAGCUCUGCUCAGGUGCAGCAUAUUGCCAGUUUAUGGACAUGCUCUUCCCCGGGUGUAUUCUUCUGAAGAAAGUGAAGUUCCAGGCCAAACUGGAGCAUGAGUUCAUCCACAACUUCAAAGUGCUACAAGCAGCCUUCAAGAGAAUGAAUGUAGACAAGAUCAUCCCAGUUGAAAGGCUGGUGAAAGGGAGGUUCCAGGACAAUUUCGAGUUCAUACAGUGGUUUAAGAAAUUCUUCGACGCAAACUACGACGGGAAAGAGUACGACCCUCAAGCAGCACGACAAGGCCAGGAGGUUACGCCUACACCCAAUCCAGGACCCCAAAGGACCUCACCAACAGUACCCAAAACCAUGCCCACCCCUCAGCGACCAAUCAGCUCUGCCCCGACCAAUGUCAAACGAAGCACACCUGUGUUACGGAACGGAGUUAGCGAGGCAGAGAUUAUGGAGCUCAACCAGCAGCUGAUGGACCUGAAGGUGACAGUUGAUGGCCUAGAGAAGGAGAGAGACUUUUACUUUGGCAAACUGCGUGAUAUCGAGCUCAUCUGCCAGGAGCACGAGGGCGAAAAGAAUCCAGUUCUUGCAAAGAUUAUCGACAUCCUCUACGCUACUGAGGAUGGUUUUGCUCCUCCAGAGGAUGAGGAAAUUGACGAACCGCCACAAGUCCAGGACGAGUACUAAACUCUAAAAACAUAUGCAUACAUAUACAUCCUUUAACUUUCUUCUCCUGUCUUUUCCUUCUCCACUCGCACUCGUUCUCACUCUGAUUUUCAUUUUAACUUUUGAUGAUUUGAUUUCUUUCCAUUCAUUUACUCAAUCGGAGUGUUACUCUUUUUUGGCUUGUUCCUUUCUAAAGAACCAGCAGAUGAUUUACAUCACAGCCUUCAACACGUUGGUGUGGUGUAUUAACUUGAGUGGCUAAUGUAGUGGGUUUAAAUACCAUUUGUACUUAAUGGUAGAAUUCAGUUUUUAUCCUUGCUAUACCAUUGGCCAUGGUAUUUAUUUUACAGAGUGUAGAGUAUCGAGCAUUGCUACUCAAACUGAUUUUGACACUAAUGCCAUGACAUAUUAACAUGUGCAGCAAAACAUUUAUAAUAACAUGUCUGAAACCUUUAAGUCAGAAGGCCAGGAGAAAGUAAGGUUUUCUUUUUUGCAUAUUCGGUAUUGAUGCAAGUCAGUUUCAAUAGACAGCAGAAUAUAGACCAAACAGCUUCAUCAGACUAUGAUAUAGAUGUUUAAAGUGCAAGCACACACACACACACAUAACCAUAACAUAAUCUUCCUCUGCACUACUACUGUACUUGGCUAUUUUAAAGCAGCCUCAUCUGAUAUCCACAUUUUUUUGCAUUUGUGAUUUAAAUUCUUCAGGCUUUUGGGAGGGUGUUUCUACUAUAUAGGAACUAAUUUAAGUCUUUUAAAAACCAGUGAUCAGAGAGACCCUGUGAACUGGACAGUUGCAUGGACAAGCCUGGAUUCUAGCCACAUUUCUUCCCAUGCGUUCUUGUGUAAGAAAUGAGGUUUUUGCAUUGCAAAAUGUAAGAACCGACCCUAAAGUGAGAUGGAUGCAUGUACCCUCACAUUUUUUAGGAACACCUGUGCACUUACACAUUUAUUCAGUUAUCCAGUUAGCCAAUCAUGUGCCAGCAGGUCAGGAUACUAGCCAAGAACUUCAGUUAAAGUUUACAUCAAAUAUCAGAAAUGAGGAAAAACUUGUGAUCUCACUUUAUCAUGGCAUGAUUGUGAGUGUGCUUUUUUGAGGAUUCCAGAAACUGCUGAUCUCCUGAGAUUUUCACACACUGCAGUCUCUAGAGUUUACACAGAAGGGUGGGAAAAAAAUGUGCUGUGAGCAAAUGGUCUGCAGGCUGAAACAUCUUGUUGAUGAGAGAGAUCAGGGGAGAAUGGCCAGACUGGUCUGUGCUGAGUCAGGAGGUCUAUAGUAGCUCAAAUAAUCACUCUGUGCUGAGCAGAAAAGGAUCACAGCAUGCACAUCACAUCAAAUCUACAACAGCAGAAGGCCAUAUCAGGUUCCACUCCUGUCAAAAGUAAAAAUCAGUGACAUUUAUUUAUUUAUUUAUUUAUUUUCCCGAAUCUUCACAUAUCCAGUUUGGGGGAGUCUGUGCCCAUGAUAGCCUCAGAUUCCUAUUCUUGGCUAACAGGAGUGGUACCCAGUGUGCUCUUCUGUUGCUGUAGGGUAUCAAUGUCGAGGUUCAAUGAGUUGUGCAUGCUGAGAUUCUUUUGUGCUCAUCAUGGUUUUGUAAAGAGUGAUUGAGUUACUAUAUACACAUAACUCAAUCAGUGUUUUUUUUCACCACUCUGUGUAAACUCUACAGACUGUUGUGUGUCAGCAGUUUCUGAAAACCUCAAACCGGCGCAUCUGACACCAACAGCCAUGUCACAAAGUCACAGAGAUCUGACUUUUCUCAUCAUUCUGAUGUUUGAUGUGAACAUUAACUGAAGCCCUUAGCCCUUAAAUGAAACUGAUUAGAUUGGAUCUACAUAAAUGAGCAGGUGUACAUGUGUUUCUAUUAAAGUGUACGAUGAGUGGAGGAUUAAAAGAGGAUGCUGAUGAUUCAAGUCCAAAUAAAUGUAUUUUGGUAGCCGAAAAAAGUCUCUCUGAUCACUGAGGUAGAUUUUAGUGUGUGCACUUUGCAGCUGUAAGAAUUUGAGAUAUAUUUAUUUAUUAAAGAUGACUAUAAAGCGAGAUGCUAAAACAAUUCAUAACAACUGUUUUAAUUUUAAAAAGAAUAUUAAAAGAUUGCAAUGUUAGUGGUGUUUAUUUGUUACUGACUUAAACUGAGUUUUUAGCUGUGUCAGUGUUGUAUUUUUUAUUUUUCAUGGUUCACAUGCAUUUAUGCCAUAAAGGUUGAUUUUGAUUGACAGGAUCUGUCUGUAACUCGUUAAUUUUGUCCCUUCUUUAUUUGCAGUUUUACUAUGUAAAAUAAAGAGUAUUCUGGCAAUGAAAA